GGGGCCCCGGACCGUCCCGCUGCCCCCGCCGGACCCGAGCCGCGGAGGAAGCGCAGUGUCCCCUCCAUCAACCUGAGCGGCUGCAAGUACGAGAGUGUGCGGCGGGCGGCGCAGCACUGCGGGCUGAAGGAGGCGGCCGAGAACGAGGAGUGGACGGUGUACUGGACAGACACCUCGGUCACCUUGGAGCGCCUCAUGGAAAUGAAGCGCUUCCAGAAAGUCAACCACUUCCCAGGCAUGAUUGAGCUGUGCCGCAAGGACCUGCUGGCUCGCAACCUGAACCGCAUGCUGCGGCUCUUCCCCAAGGAGUACAACAUCUUCCCCCGCACGUGGUGCCUGCCAGCCGACUAUGGAGACUUCCAUACCUACAGUUCCACGAGAAAAGCAAGAACAUUCAUCUGCAAGCCCGACAACAGCUGCCAGGGAAAAGGGAUCUUCAUAACCCACCACCCGGAGGAGAUCAAGCACGGGGAACACAUGAUCUGUCAGCAGUACAUCUCUGAGCCCUUCCUCAUCGAUGGCUUCAAGUUUGACAUGCGCAUCUACGUGCUGGUCACAUCCUGUGACCCACUGAGGAUUUUUCUCUACAAGGAAGGCCUGGCCCGGUUUGCCACCAUGAGGUACAUCGAUCGCAGCACGAGAAACCUGGGUGACCUCUGCAUGCACCUGACCAAUUAUGCAAUCAACAAACACAAUGAGAACUUCGUCACGGACGACACGGUGGGCAGCAAGAGGAAGCUGUCCACCCUGAAUGCCUGGAUGGCAGAGCACGGCUAUGACACAUCAAAGCUCUGGGAAGAUAUUGAUGACAUUGUUAUAAAGACGCUGAUUUCAGCUCACCCUGUGCUGAAACACAAUUACCAGAGCUGCUUCUCCAACCACCCUACUGGCUGCGCCUGCUUUGAAAUCCUGGGCUUUGACAUUUUGCUGGAUAGAAGGCUGAAGCCAUGGCUGCUGGAGGUGAACCACUCUCCCAGCUUCAGCACGGAUUCUCAGCUGGACUGUGAGGUGAAGGACGCCCUUCUGCGUGACACCUUCAACCUGAUCAACGUGCACGCCUGCGACAGAAGGAAGGUGCUGGAGGAAGACAAGCGGCGCGUGAAGGAACGGCUCCUUCAGGCCAACCAGACUGUGCGUGAGUCCAGGCGCAGGGAGCAGGAGAGCAGCCAGGCUGCCUGGCUGGCACAGGCUGAGAGCUACGAGAACGAGCACCUGGGGGGGUUCCGACGCAUCUACCCAGCACCUGGGACAGAGAAGUACGAGCCCUUCUUCCAGCAGAGCAGGUCCCUCUUCCAGGACACAGCAUCAUCCAAGGCACGAGAAGAGCAUGCCAGGCAGUACCUAGAGGAGAUUCGCAUGAAAAAUGAAAAGUUGGAAGCUGCCAGCAGGAAGAAGAAAACAGAGAAGAUCCAGAACAAAAGCGCAGCUCCUACAAUCCACCUUGCUCACAGAAGCACCAAGUCAUGGGAUAGAAAGGUGCAGCGCAUACAGUACAACUCCAUGCAGCCCCAGGACAUUGUGGAACACGAGGAGAAGAGGAGAGUGAAUUCUCUGCUGCGGCGUGAGAAGCUGAUCCGAAACCUGGGCAUCAUCGACCAGCUUUCCCGGCUGUUCCCCACACCUGACACCCAGGGAUCCUGUGUCCUCCAGAGCCAGCUGCAUUUUCCCUGGGGUGUCGUCGGGGGCACCACCACCGAUGAUGUAAUGAUGGUUAUCUCGUUCCUGGGAGUCCCAGCUCAGGAGGGCCCUAGAGCCCAGCCCAGGCCACGGCCCGUGGCGGGCCCAGAUCCCAACGACAUGAAGAACCUGUGUGUUCAGGGCCAGAGUGUGCUGUACCACGCGCGGGACGAGGGCUCGCGGGCGCUGGGCGGGGGCUGGCUGCAGGGCCAGGCCGCGGGGGCAACGCUCACCCAGCCCUGCGUCCACCCCAAGAGGCAGCAGCCGAGGGAACAGCAGCUCCCUGCCUCGGGAACCCAGGCUGAAUGCUGUAAGUGCACAUCACCUUCCUAG